AUGGCUUGGCUGCUGUCAAAAGCAGCCGACACCCUCAAGAAGGCCCAGGAGAAGGUGGACCAGCUGCAAGACUCGGACUUUGUGCAGAAGUUUGCAGAGGUCGACUUCGUUCAGAAAGCUCGUGAUGCUGCCAAUCAGGUGGCGGAGGCGGCCAACAAGGUCUCCGAGAGCGUUCAGGCAGAGUAUCGGCGGACCUUCGAGGAGCUGGACUGCCAGAUCUACACCCUGCGUCCAGAUCUGGUGAUCAUGGAGUACCCAUCCGCGGAAACCAUUGAGCGGCUAGCCAAGCGACUCAAUGAGUCAUACGCGCAGAAGAUGCUGAUCUUCAACUUCUCAGAGGACCCGUAUGAAAGCGGCAAGUUCGAUGGGGAGGUCUUGGACAUCAGCAUGCAGAAGAUGGAGGUGCCACCUCUGAAGCUGGUGGUGGAGCUCUGUCUUACGGCCAGCCAGUGGCUGGCAACUGACUCUGGCAACCUCCUGGUGCUGCACUGCCGCUCAGGCUAUGGCCGGUCUGGCCUCUUUGGGGCUUGCUUCGAGUCCUUCCGAACACGUCGGAGCCCCAAGGAAGCUUUGCAAACCAUCACCGAGCGUUUGCCGGUGCAGCUCUUGCCGUCUCAGCAACGGUAUUUGGGAUACUUCCACCAGUUCUUGGAGGGCGUCACGCCGCAGCCGAAACGCUUACACCUGUCCAAGGUUCUGCUGAGCGGUGUGCCAAGCUUUGAAGCAGAGGGAAGUGUGGCUUUCCGACCCUUCAUAGAAGUGUGGGUUGCUGGAGAGCUGGCAUACUCCUCCUUCAAAGGCGGCAAGAGCGAUGAGGUCGUGUGGCCCAGCAGCUACGCUUCCAGUGACUCGGUAGUGGCCUUUCCACUCCCUUCGCAGCUGAUCGUCUUCGGAGAUGUCCUGAUUCAGGUCUUUCACCUCUAUCUGGAUGCCAAGCGGGAGCUGGCCAUGAAGUUGGCUUUCCACACGAACUUCAUCACGGAAGGUCUGCAGCUGAGCAAGUUUGAGCUCGAUGCAGCGUGCACGGACGAGCGCUUUACGGACGACUUCUUUGUGGACCUGGUCUUCGAAGAGGUGCCGAAGAACGAAGACUCGACCGAGGAGGAGGAGAAGGUUCAGCAGGCUGCAGCCGAGGAUGCCGCGAUUUUCGAGAAGGCCCGCGCUGCCUCUGUGAAGCUCCGUGAAGAGGCUGCACAGCAGGCGGCGGAGGCGGAGGAUGUCCAAGGGGAGCCGGAGGGGGACGUGGAGGCCGAGCUCGAGGCCAUGCUGCUGCGUGGUGGCCCUGCCGAGAGCCCUAAAGAAAUGACGAACGGGGGAGGAGGCACAGGCGGCGACGAGGAGCUGCGCCAGGCGCUGGCUGCGGCCGCAGAGGAGUCGGAGCAGAAGGCUGACAAGCCAGUCGAGAAGGUCGUUGAGAGAGCGCCGGCAGCAGCACAAGCAGCUGACAAGUCCGGUGCGAAGUCUGCCGAGAUUGACACGCUCUUCAGUGAGUUUGAUGCUGUCCUGGCAGGGGGCACGAAAGGCGAUGCGGCGAAGGGCGGUGGCUACAGCGAAGCUCCUUCAAAACCAGCAGCUUCCACAAGCAAAGCUGCUGAGAAAAAGGACAUGUUUGCCGAAGUGGACGACUUUCUGAAGGAACUAGAUGGUGGGACGGGCAGUGGCACGAAGUAG